CAUCAUCCUGGGGGCCUCCGCCGUCUACGCCGUGGUGAACCUGGUGAUCUUCUACUCCGCCGCCUCCGCCUGGACGUGGCUAGCAUUCGUCUUCAGCUUGGUGGUCUACGGUACCAGCUACCGGUCCAUGAACUCCAUGGCAAAGCCAUCUUUCACAGAUGAUGGCAGCCUCGCCGACGGGGGAAUUGACCUGAAUAUGGAGCAGGGGAUGGCAGAGCACCUCAAGGAUGUGAUCCUGCUGACAGCUAUGGUCCAAGUGUUGAGCUGCUUCUCGCUCUACGUCUGGUACUUCUGGCUCUUGGCUCCUGGACGUGCUCUCUACCUCCUGUGGGUGAACAUCCUGGGGCCCUGGUUUACAGCUGACUCUUCGCCCGCCGGUCAGGAACCAAAUGAGAAGAAGCAACGCCGACAAGAACGCCGCCAGAUGAAGCGCUUCUAGCCCUGGCUGGGGAGAUAGAUUAAUGCUGUCUCUCAUCUCCAUGCUGUUAUUUCAUCAGGGAUGCAACCGAAACCAAUCCAAAACCAUCGCAGUAGCUAUGUUGCCCUCUGUCAUUGCUGCCAUUCCGCUAGAAAGGCCGCAAGAGACUUCCCUUGGUUGGUUCUUAGCACCAGUUGAGGCCUUGCUCCUUGGGAUGACAAGGGGGGUGAUGCUGGGAUGUGUGUAAAUACUUUUUUAAAGCAGCGCUGUAUUGCGUUCGAGGUUGGGGAUUGCAAGGUUGGCGGAAAUAGUACAUUAAAGAGCAGAGUCAAAUUGAC